AGAGGAGGAAAGAGAACGUCUACAUCAGAGAAGAGAAGUCACUGGAUGUAAGAGGUUCCUUAUACAGGACUCUCGCUUCUCAAGUUUCUUUGCACAAUGAUGGUGCUUUCCACCAAUGACCCACCAAGGAUGGACCAGGACAGAAUCCACAUAGCUGCAAGGAUAUUAGACCUCACCCUGGAGAUCAUCUCCUUGAUAACUGGAGAGGAUUACACAGUAGUGAAGAAGUCGUCUGCUAAGUGUGUGACACCCUGUGUGUCAGGAGGACGGAGCAGGACCCAGAGCCCCAUCACCGAGCCUCCACCGCAUUCACUGAUACAUGAGCAGAAGAUCCUAAAACUUACCAACAGGAUCACUGACCUGCUGACUGGAGAGGUUCCUGUAAGGUGUCAGGAUGUUGCUGUCUAUUUCUCUAUGGAGGAGUGGGAGUAUUUCGAAGAACAUAAGGAUCUGUACACGGACGUCAUGAUAGAGAAUCACCAGCGUCUCUCAUCACCAGGUGACGACAGAACAAAAAGCUUCCUUGGACAUUUCCUUAUAACUCCCUAUCAUGAAAUAGAAGAUAAUCAGUCACAGAUUGACAAAAAUAGACUGGGUAAAAUGUUUGCAUGUUCUGAGUGCGGGAAACACUUUAAACAGAAAUCUAAUCUUACCAUGCAUGAGAGAAUUCAUAGAGAUGAAAGGCCGUUUUCAUGUUCUGAAUGUGGACAAUCUUUUAAUAGGAAAUCAGUUCUUGUUGAUCAUCAGAGAAUUCACACAGGGGAGAAGCCAUUUUCAUGCUCGGAGUGUGGGAAAUCUUUUAGUAGGAAAUCGGUUCUUGUUGAACAUCAGAGAAUUCACACAGGGGAGAAGCCUUUCUCAUGUUCGGAAUGUGAGAAAUGUUUUAAUUACAAAUCACAUCUUACGAAACAUCAAAGAUCACACACAGGGGUGAAGCCGUAUUCAUGUUCCAAAUGUGGGAAAUGCUUUAUGUUUAAAGAUCCUUUUGAAAGACAUCUGAGAAGUCACACGGGGGAGAAACCAUUUUCAUGUCAUGAAUGUGGAAAAUGUUUUAAUCAGAAAUCAAAUCUUAUGGAACAUCUAAAAACCCACACAGGAGAAAAGCCAUUUUCAUGUUCAGAAUGUGGGAAAAAUUUUACCCUCAAAGCAAGUCUUGUUACUCAUCUGAGAACUCACACAGGGGAGAAGCCGUUUUCAUGUCUUGAAUGUGGGAAGUGUUUUAGUCAGAAAUCAAAACUUACGAAUCAUCUAAGAAGUCACAAAGGGGAGAAGUCUUUUUUAUGUUCAGAUUGUGGGCUAUGUUUUGUGCAUAAAGCUCCACUUGAGAGACAUCAGAGAAUUCACAUAGGGGAGAAACCAUUUUCUUGUGUGGAAUGUGGAAAACACUUUAUACGUAAAGAUUCUCUUGAGAAACAUCUACGAACUCACACGGGUGAGAAGCCAUUUUUAUGUACUGAAUGUGGGAAGUGUUUUACUCAAAAAUAUAGUCUUAUAGAUCAUCUAAGAAUUCACACAGGUGAGAAGCCAUUUUCAUGUCCUGAAUGUGGAAAAUGUUUUACCCGGAAAUCAAGUCUUAUCGAACAUCAGAGAAUUCACAUAGAGGAGAAUCCAGUUUAAUGGCAGGUGUGGAAAUCCUUUUGUUGUGGAAAUUUUAUUAUGCGGACAUUUUAUCUUAGGAUGUGUGUGUGUUUUUAUAGAUUGUCAUCUGUCUCCCUAUGUCGGAUUUAGC